AUGUUAUUUCCGAAGAGAAUGCUGAUUACAGCACUUUGCUGUCUUUCAACUUUGUCGCUGGCCUCUACCUUGCCUUCAUCUAUCCAAGGGCAGUCACUGCCAGACAAGUGGCACCAAAUCUCUCUCAAUGAAACCAUUUCCGGGAACACCAGUCUCAGCACGAGGGACACCGACAAUGCUCUCGUGAAGCGAACUCCCAUCCAAGUCUGCGAGCGUAUCGUUGCCACGACCGCUGCCUGCGUUGUGAUCACAAACUUUGCCAUUACAAUGUGCAAGUCACUGGGAACCACAAUCAAGGAGCUCUCCAACAAAGGAACCUGCAACAUGAUGCGUGGCAGCUACGAGGGCCUCAGGUGGUCAUACCACUCUUCCGGCCGGAACUGCGAUACUACAGCACAGCAGGCAACCAUUGCUGGCGCCAUCAAGAAGUACAUGACCAACGUGGAGCACGACAAAAUCUGCGGCACCCACUGUCUUCGUAUGGACCAUGGCGGUACCUGGGAUGGAUGGUUGAAGCUCGGCCCGGUCAAUUCUUUCAACGACGGCGCCUACUGCGGUCCGGAAUUAAGCUUCGUUCGCUGUCUUUCCGGUGGCAAUAACGAUAUCUAA